AGUUCGGUGGAUGUUUAUCGGUGCACAAAGCUACUGGCCAAUGGAAUCUUUAUCCGAGGCAUGAUUCUCCAAUGAGAACACCGAAAUGGCUCUGAUGAUAAGUAAAAGUAGUAAACAGUACGGUGCGAAUCGAGCUAUCGUCGACGUCGACGUCGAAGCUGUCAAACAUGGCGAGAACGUCGAUCCUGAGUGUUGGUCAAAAAUGUGAAUAGGAGGUUCGCGUUGAGGGUGAGAUUCGUGGGUCUCGGGUGUUGCUCGUCAUCGGCGGAGGCCGGCGAGAGAUGCGAUCGGUAGUUAGACUGUCAGGCCGAUAGUGAAUGUGCCGAGUGAACGGCCCCGGCAAUUUCGCGGCCGGGAUUAAUCUAAGGGCAUGCCAAUUCGGGAACUAUGGGUGCUCAACAGACUAAGGAGAGAAUUGUUCCUACUGGUUCUGCUGUGCGACAAACGCGUAAACAGCCGAGGAACCUCAAGGAGUCCCGUCUAGUUGGCUCCAACAUAUUCACAGAGCACAGCGAAGCUCUUUUACAAAGCAGACCGCUACCUCACAUUCCGGCAUUACCAGAUGGUGACCCUCCGAAUGGGUCUGGCAUCCAACCGAUUUCACAGCAAGUGAACAUACAACAGCACACUGGUGUUUCUUCUGCCGGACUCUUGGAAGCUGCAAACAGGUGGACCAGCAAGGAAAAUUUGUUGGCACAAGAAGAAGAUGAUCCUCAGCUAUUCGUUGCUCUGUAUGAUUUUCAAGCAGGUGGAGAGAAUCAGCUCAGCCUUAAGAAAGGAGAGCAAGUUCGUAUUCUAAGUUAUAAUAAAAGCGGGGAAUGGUGCGAAGCUCAUUCAAGUACUGGUCAAGUAGGAUGGGUUCCUUCCAAUUAUGUGACUCCAGUAAACUCUCUGGAGAAACAUUCCUGGUAUCACGGAAGGAUAUCCAGGAAUGCCGCGGAGUAUCUUCUAAGUUCUGGGAUAAACGGCAGUUUUCUGGUCCGUGAAUCGGAAAGCAGCCCAGGUCAGCGCAGCAUUUCCCUCAGAUACGAGGGUAGAGUUUAUCAUUAUAGGAUUAACGAAGACAGCGAGGGAAAGAUGUUCGUCACCACUGAUAGCAAAUUUAAUACUCUGGCAGAAUUAGUACACCAUCACUCGAUGCUUGCCGAUGGUCUAAUUACACAAUUACUUUAUCCUGCACCAAAGCACAAUAAACCUACGGUUUUUCCGCUUAGCCCUGAACCGGACGAAUGGGAAAUCAAUAGGACAGAUAUAGUUAUGAGACACAAAUUAGGUGGAGGCCAAUACGGAGACGUCUACGAAGCUGUGUGGAAGAGGUACAAUAUGACUGUUGCCGUAAAGACGUUGAAGGAGGAUACGAUGGCCCUAAAAGACUUUUUGGAAGAAGCUGCGAUUAUGAAGGAGAUGAAGCACAGGAAUCUGGUUCAGUUACUAGGUGUAUGUACGCGGGAGCCGCCGUUCUACAUCAUCACGGAGUUCAUGAGCAAGGGGAAUCUGCUGGAUUAUUUACGGAACGAAAGUAAACAUCAAAUUAAUGCCGUUGUUUUGAUGCACAUGGCCACUCAAAUCGCCAGCGGAAUGAGUUACUUGGAAAGCAGGAAUUUCAUACACAGAGAUCUAGCUGCUCGAAACUGCCUCGUGGGUGAAAACCAUCUGGUGAAGGUCGCAGACUUCGGGUUGGCUCGGCUGAUGAGAGACGACACGUACACAGCUCAUGCUGGCGCGAAGUUCCCUAUAAAAUGGACCGCUCCAGAGGGAUUGGCGUAUAAUAAGUUCUCGACAAAGUCCGAUGUUUGGGCAUUUGGGAUCUUGCUAUGGGAAAUAGCAACCUACGGUAUGUCUCCGUAUCCUGGCGUCGAUUUGACCGACGUCUACCAUAUGCUAGAAAAAGGCUACAGAAUGGAAUGCCCGCCUGGGUGUCCACCGAAAGUAUACGAAUUGAUGCGACAGUGUUGGCAAUGGUCCGCGGCCGACCGGCCUACUUUCAAGGAGAUCCAUCAUUCCCUCGAAAAUAUGUUCCAAGAAUCGAGUAUUACGGAAGAAGUCGAAAAACAGUUGCAAGGAGGAGGAGAAAUUCCGUUACUUUCUUACAAGAAAUCUCAAACUGGCAGUACUGGAAAUAUUCAUGGGCUAGUCCUGGUGUCUGAACCGUUACCCUCUUCAGGUACAUAUACUACGAGCUCGGUGACGAAACUGAGUACAUUUACAGGUGGCUUGUCAACUAAGAAUAACAGCAGCAUCGUACAGAUGAGACGUUCUACCAAUAAAAAGGGUAAACAGGCUCCGGCUCCUCCAAAAAGGACAAGCUUGCUGUCGUCGUGCAGUUCAUUCCGCGAUUCUGCCUACCAAGAGCAGGAUACUCAAAAUACUGAAACUAACACCAUGACUCUCGACGAUGCCGCGGAUCUAAAUGGUAUUGAUAAGAUUCUCGAAGGUAUUGCGCGAGAUCUCGCGACGAUGGCUCAAGAAACGAUUGCUGCAGGAGGCUGUGAGAUCGAGGAGGACGGAGAGGGUUCCCAAGGCACGACGGAACCAAACUUUAUUUCUCAACCUUCAACAUCGCCGGAGCCUAUACCUGGCCUGGUCUCAUCUCAGAAGCAGAUCAAGACGAGACCUUAUCCAUCUAAGGAGCCGUUGCCGCAGAAGUUGGUACAAGUAGGCGCGUUGGAAGUACAGAACGUGAAACGAGCUAUCAAUCGUUACGGUACAUUGCCAAAAGGUGCUAGGAUCGGCGCGUACUUGGAAUCUUUACGUCAAAGCGGUAUGCCGUCGAAUCAAGAGUCAACGACGGUGGUCUCGUCUUCUAUGGCAUCCGGCGCGUUGGAUCAGCACGAAUCCUCGAUUGAUAAUUCGCAGCACAGAUCUCUGUCUCCGCGGCAAAGCAAUUUGCGGAAUCAGCCUCAAAUGACUCGCAGCAAUUCUUCAAGCGGUGUUGUUAACACUUAUCAGCCACCGAAUUCUCCGCGCGGCCGAGUAGUAGCCGUACGGAAGAACAAUCAAUCGGACGCUGUCGGUUUAAGGACUUUCCGCGUAUCAAGUAACUCUAACUUUCGUACCGCGAGCCCGUCGAGAUCUGUACAACCGUCGUUAGCUGAUUUGGAAUUCCCUCCUCCGCCUGCCGAUUUACCACCGCCUCCGGAUGAAAAUUUUUCUGGACAAGAACAAGUCGAUCUUCCACCCCCUAUUUCUUGUAGCGACAUUUCUCAAAUAAGAAAUUCCCCUUUAUCAAUAAGAAAAGCGAAGAGCAUAGAUUGGCGUUCGAAGGAAGAUGAGAACGAGCAACAAGAAGACAGGAACGACGUUAGUAACGCGGAACCGUCUGUGAAGGAAGCCUGUUCGAGGUUCGGAGUCAAUCUGAGACGCAGAGAUGUCCAAGACAAUUCCUGUAGAAAUAUCGAUAAUAAAAAGACGGGAUUCAAAUCUAGGAUAGAAACAAUUGAGCCGGCUGCGCCACCGGAAGAAGCGCCGCCACCUCCUCCGCCGCCGCCGCCGCCGAUAUCGACCAAUUCAUCUUCCGAUAGUUUCGAACGUAAACCUGGAAUGAAAGAAAUGUUGGAGCUGAAGCUGAUCAAUGAAAUUAAACAAGGUGCAGAGACCAAGCAUGGCUCGAUUACGAAAAAAGUUGGAUUGAUAAGCAGUACUCCAUCCGCUCCUCUGGAUCCAGCCUCACAGUUACUAUCAGAACUUUGCGCUAGUUUUAACAUGGAUUCCGGACAGAGAUAUGCUCAAAACGAGUACGCUGUAUCAACUUUAAGAACCAUUGAAGUACCUCCAGAUCAGCAACAGCAACAUCAGAUUCACAACGUUCACAAGGAUUCGUCGAUGUCUUCUCCGGUAACCGAAUCUAUUCUCUCCAGCGGAAAUGUUGGUUUCAAAUUGAAAAGAGUAGACAAGCGGAACAAUCCGCAGAAGGAGGAGACAUCCGAUGGGCAAAUAAUCGAUUUCAAAGCUAGACUUCGGAAGGUUGAGAAUGCGGAAAAAGAAAAACUAUCGGAGGAGAAGAGUAUCGUUACCGAACAGUCUUCGGAAUCUGAAGAACAACAAGACGACAAGCGUAGAAGCACAGGUAGUAUUAGUAGCUUGAAGAAGCUUUGGGAGAAUAAAGAAUCUUGUGACAGCCAACCGCACAGUCCGAAACUCAGUGUCAAAGGAAACACUGGUAAACAAGAAACAGUGGACCAGGCAGAAGAUUCGCCUGAAGAUCAUAGUGGAGCUUCCACUCGAAGUCAAAGUUCCGGUAGUAAAAGCGAUACUCGACAGUGGCCGCCUCCCGAGCCAGAGAAACCAGUUGUCCCUGCGAAACCAUUGAAACCGUUGUGCACUACGACCAAGCAUUUCGGGUCUUCGAUCUACGCAACGCCUAACUGUACGAAGUCUCAACACGCUGAGGACAAUUUAGGUAAACAGAACACUGAUUCUAAGACCGCGAAACAAGCCGUGUUGGAGCUUUCGACAGUGAUAGAGAGCAGCGUAUUGAAUUUGAAAAGUAGCUCGACGAUAGUAAUGGCCAGUUGGCUCCAGCUUUCAGACAAGGUAGUGUUACUGCACGGAAUGUGCGCUAAUCUCGCGGACAGCGGUAUCGCGCCUCACGCACGGUUUCAGUUUCGCGAAGUCCUCGGUAGGCUAGAGCUUCAGGCUCGACAGCUUCGAGCAGCUGGCACUCGAAACGUCACAGAGAAUACAAGACUUCUCACUGACCUCCAAAACACGAUAAAGGAUGUCGUCAACACCGUGCAAAGAUAAAUCACAGAUAUUAACACCAUUUUAUCGUCACCCUUCUUCUCGUUCUCAUUUUCAACCGGCGUUACUUCGUUAAUACUGGUACUCGUCACCCAUUCAGAGAUAUCUUGCAUUUGGGAAUCUCUCUUAAAGUUUUCGUCAGGUCAAAUUUAUUUUACUUCUCUCCAGUCUCCUUUUUUUUUUUACUAAGAAACUUCAUGGUCUCUAUCUCAUAUUCUUUGAGAGGUUUUUAGUACAUUUCUUUUAUCACGAAUCUUUUUACCAAAAAUUCUGUUGCGAUGACUCAGCAGGAAAUGACAGAGACAUGCAUUUUUGGAAAUCUCACUCGUAACGAGAGUGUACAAACUCGGAAGAUGUUUAAUGGCAAGGCCUCGAACCGACCGCGGCCUCAAUUAAAUAUCAGUUUUCUGGGUAUAAAAGAGGGAAAACAAAUAAUAAACUCAUAUACAUAUUUCGAUUCACAUCAAUAUAUUACUUAACAUAGACUGCGAUUAGCAUUUUCAUUCGAGUUAAAAACAACUAUCAUUAUCAUAAAAGUAUUAUUCUUUUGAUAUGAAAAAAAAAAGACUAUAUACAUAGUACGUAAAUGUAAUUCGCUGGUAAUUUUUAUGAAUUGAGUUUUGCAAAGGAAAGAGAAAUGUGUUUAUUCUGAAAAUAACGAUGAACGUAGUAGCAUAAGUGAACAAGGAUCAAAUGUACUCUGGUUCCUUACGAUCUUUCGAAUAAUAGUUUUGACACUGAUAGAAGAAGGACGAGUAAUCGCGGUUCGUCGCAACAAAGGAGAACUCUCUUUCGAAUACAGAAAGAAAUAAUUUUUCUACUGGGCGCUUGGUUCUUCGUUUUGUAAAUUAUAAUUAUUAUUACGUCGAUCAAACAUAUAUCCUAUAUAAGCGAAGCUCUACGUGAAUUAUACUCGUCCGCUAUACGAUAAAUGUGGUGAUUAUAGUUGUUGAGUAAAAAUGUCUCGGUGUUAUUUCAUCGAACUUUCUUAUGCCGUGCUUCGUAAUAUCGUACGCAGAAUAAGCUAGACUAUACAUACGUAAGUACGAACACUUUUAAGCGAGUAAGCCAUUUUAAUGCGUGAGAGAAUGUAACAAUUUUUGUAUUUGUAUAGAGUAAGUCGAAUAACAGGUAUGCUUAAUGAUACAGUAAAACUUUGAUUAGGAGAAUUAAUCAAAUACUCCUACAUUGGUAAACGAUUUUUUAUUCAUCUAACAGAAAAUGUUCUCCUUCAUUAUUUUCAUUCAUGCUUUCCAUUGAUUCUUACUUAUCAAUGAAAAUUUCUACACCAACUGUAUAUUAUUCUAACAUAUAUGUUUUAGGUAAAUAGAUAUGUAUUGGCCAAAAAGUGAAUACUUAAAAUCAGCUUAAAAUGAUAAUUAUUAUACAAGUAUGACUACUUAGUAUUUGAAUAAUCAGAAGUUCGAUCAUCUUAAUAAUCAAAAAUGGACUUAAUAUUUAAUCGGAUUGAUUAUCAAGGUUUUACUGUAUAUAUUUAUGUAAAUCAGCGGGUGUAAUUAACCAAAUUUUCAAAGCGUUUUGUUUGAUCUGCGUAAUUACGUAGACGUUCUUCCACAGAGCGCUAAUAAAAUGCAAGGACUCCGGACACUUAUUUUUAACGAUAACGAAUAUUUAUUUCACUUCUCUGUUAUACUAUAAUUGUAUUUUAAUUGAUUGAUUGCGAACCAAUAGAUUUUAUGUAUAAAACUUAAAUAAUGCAGUCGACUUAUAUUGCUUGCGUUUAUUAUUGUGUCGUAUUUUUAAAUUUAGUGUUGAACUCGUCAGCAUGUAGACAUCUCCUUUAGUAGUAAAAAUUAUUGAAGGUCUUUUUUUUUUAGUAGUCUUCCGUAGAAAGUCUCCGGAGUCUGAGGUUUCAUUUUACCAUUCGAUCAUUUAAUUAAAAUUAAGUAAGAUGCAACGAGAACGAAAAAGUCAGUUAAUUCGUGAGUCAAGUCGUUUCCUCUCGUAACACUGCCUACAUUAUGGCUUCUAGAAUACAUCGAUCAACAAACGGUAGUUAUACGAACCGGAAUUAUUCUCCUUUCGGUCAUGAUCAAAUAUCCUUUUUUUUUUCUUGCAUCAUUUGUACCUGUGAUACACCGAUCGACUUAUCUUUUACCUUCGAAUUAAAAGAAAAGAAAAAAGAAAGCAGAGCAAGAAAGUGAGGGAGAGAGAGAGGAUGGGAGGGAAAGAAAAACAUGAGCGAUCGUAUGAACGAAUCUUUUUGAGAAGUCCCGAACGUAGAGAUUUUUUACUGGAAUAUUUUAAUGAACUUUUUAGUUCGGUAAGUCGAAGUAUUCGAUGGUAUCUGUAAAUACAUAGUCGCCCUCGAGAAAUCACAACAUAACAGCAUCGCGUACGUCGUUUUAACAGAUCAUUUAGCGUAAUUAUGUACAUUUUUAAAUCUAUUUUUUAAAUUAUCUCGAAUCGUGCAAAGCGAAAUCAAUUCUAAGCAAUAUUUAUAACGUUUAUUUAGGAGUGUUACGGAAUAUAGUUUUGUAGGCGGUUCCAGUUGAAAAGCUGUACAUUUCGAAUUUCUCAAAAUCUUAUUAACCAUUGGAUGUUUAAGUUGAUGAGCUGUCAAAGGAUAUGAAAUCAAUGUUUUAUACAAUCUGUAACAUAGUAACGUUUAUGUCUAAGUAUUUAUAUCUAUAUUUAUUUUUUAGUUUUUUCUCAUGUAAAGUUAUUCCUAAACGAUCGACCAACGUACUGAUUCACUAAUACGAAAAUUUUAAUAUCGCUUUAUACAUUGAUAUAAGACCGACGAUAGAAAUAAAAAGGAAUAUUGAAUCAAACAAUUGUUCGAUCAUAUUUUACGUAAAAGUAAUUUAUUUUAAUUUACACUCUCCAGCGCUUCUUGUAACCUAAAGCAGUCGCUUACAAUCUUCCACUUAUCUCCCAUCGCCGCAAUUAAGAACGUUUGGUUGAAAGGUUUCGCAGUCUUAUCAUCGUACUUUACUUGUCCACCAACUUUCACGAGGAACGUUAGUUGAUCUGCCACCUCAGGUCCUAGUAACAAUAUGUAUUUUAGACACACUUUCAUUCAUCCAAUUGUACUCGGUUUCGAGCAUACAAUGGAAUCAACACUAAAUUUUCUACCGAAGAAUAAAGCACUUGUGAACAAA